CAAAAUUUGGGAGCGAAAAAUCCACAGGAAUUUGGAAGACGAAUCUUCCAAGUCCUUACGCGGUGUCUUCCAUGAACUCUGACGAACAAUGACAUCUCCUCCGACAAAACCAGUCUUCCCUUCUCCGUCCCCUUUCACGGUCUUGUCUCACAAAAGGAAAGGCUUUUCCUUUUUACUGUCCAUUGAAUUGAUUCAGAGAAUGUUAGUCAAUCCAUUGGAUUAGGUUCCGGGUUGCUUCCUCUCUGGCUAUUGGGUUUUCCUUGUUUCUUGGAUUUUGAUCGUGGAAACUGGAAACUUGUGCGGAAUCCACUGGUUGACCCAAAUCGAAAGUUCUGCCUUUUCUCUUGCUGUUCAUGUUCUGGUUUCUGGGUUUAUCGCUUUCGUGUACGGUGGGUUUACGGUGUCGGAUAGAACCGAAGUUCUUAUGGUUUUGUGGUAUUAGGGUUUCGAAAUUCUAGAUCAUUUUUUUGAAUAUCUUUGUGGUUCUGAUCCAAAAGGGUAUCUGAGAAUUCAACUCAGUUCAUUACAGUGAUUGAUAGUUUGGUCAAAUUUCAACGUUGGAGACGAUUUUGAGCUGAACUCUGUUCCACGAUUGAUAUUGGCUGUCUUAAGGAAGAACAACUGUAUAACCUAAGCUGAUUUUAAGGCGAGUUUGUGAGAUCAGUUUUGGGGCUUUUGGUGUCUCUUCCACUGUGCUUUUUGUUCAUGGAAUCAUUCAGGGUGUAGGAGUAAAGUUCGGUUCUUUCGGAUAGUUUUACUAAUGUGUAGAAAGGGUUUUAGCUUAAACAUGGUGUUUAGUCCUCUGCUGUGUCUUUUCCUGUUAUUUCAUCUGAGGGGAACUUCUGCCUCUGCAUCCACUGUGUGGUCUGCCCUUUGUGGUUCUGACCACUUGACCUACUUGAAAUCUUGUCAAGAACGGGGGAUUUUGUUUGCAAUCAAUGGGAAUUCAGUGGAUAAAGCUCGUUUCUGCGAAUCCAUACAGUUUCAUAAAGCUGAAGGUUGUAUCUUUGAGGACUCUUUCAGUGGAGACUUAUGUAUGCUUCAUAACUUUCUAGGGAGAAGGGUUCUGCAAGAAAGGUCUGGGGAGGGUUCCAAGAAACGGAGAGUUGAAUUUGUAUCGUCGUACCCUGUAAAAGCCAGCAUGGCGGCAAGCGGGUUUUUGCUCUUCUGUUGUGCCAUUGUUUGUCCUUGCUUCCACAAGGAGAGGAAAGCAAAAACUCCCGAAGUUCUUCCAAAGGAACCAAAUUCAGUAAAGAAAGUUACCUCUUUCGAAAUGAGUCCUCUGUCCGAGAAAAUCCCACCAAGGCCUUACCGGUUUCCUCAAAGCCCGUCUAGAUUCGCUAUGUCCCCGAGACCAAAUAGGUUCGGACCGUUGCAUCUAAGCAUGAGUCAGAUUGUCAAAGCGACAAACAAUUUCUCGGAGGGUCAUCAGAUUGGUAGAGGAGGGUUUGGAAUAGUUUACAAGGGCUUCCUAGAUGAUGGUCAGAUCAUCGCCAUAAAACGGGCCAAAAAGGAACACUUUGAGAAUCUGCGGACCGAAUUCAAAAGCGAAGUCGACCUUCUGUCCAAGAUCGACCAUCGGAAUUUAGUGAAGCUGCUCGGUUACAUGGAAAAAGGAAAUGAACGCCUUAUCAUAACCGAGUAUGUCGGAAACGGUACUCUAAGGGAUCACUUGGAUGGCGCUCGGGGGAAAAUACUUGACUUCAAUCAGCGGCUGGAGAUAGCUAUGGAUGUCUGCCAUGGAUUGACCUAUCUCCAUCUUUUUGCAGAGAAACAAAUCAUUCACAGGGAUGUGAACUCAUCGAACAUUCUCCUAACAGAGAGCAUGAAAGCGAAAGUUGCAGACUUUGGGUUCGCAAGAGGCGGUCCGUCUGAUCCGAAUCAAACCCACAUCGUUACCCAAGUGAAAGGUACGGUCGGUUACCUCGACCCCGAGUAUGCGCGGACCUAUAAACUCACCACCAAGAGCGAUGUCUACUCCUUCGGGAUUUUGCUCAUCGAGAUUCUCACUGGGCGUCGUCCAGUGGAGACCAAACGACCUAUGGAGGAAAGAAUCACAGUUCGAUGGGCAUUCGAUAAAUACGAGGAAGGGAAUGUUCGGGAACUGGUGGAUCCGAACAUGAGGGAACAAGUGAGCAAAACGAUACUGAGGAAGAUGUUCGGUUUAGCAUUUGACUGCGCGGCUCCGACCCGAAAAGAUCGGCCGGACAUGAAAGAAGUUGGGGACCAGCUUUGGACUAUAAGAUCAAACUGUCUCAAGCUAUCAAGGGGAUGAAAUGAAAUGAAAAAUGAACAAACAGUUUGGUUACUUUCGAAGAAUCUCUCCAGAAAAUAUCAGAAAAGACGGUCAGGAGCUCGAGAUAGCGUAUCCGAGGUCUGAGAAUGGCAAUCGAGUUUUGUUGCAGCGUAUCGGGGGACGGGAGCUCGGGACAAGAGGUAAUCGGAUCCUGCAUCUUUUCCACCUGCGCGAAGGUGGAAAACCCAGUAUGUGUUCGGACAUGUAAUGCACUCGCUAGUGAGUAUGGCUCGGGUAAUGGGUGUUGAUAGUUGUUUCUAGUCUCAUCGUUCUCGCGUUUGAUCGGUUUCAUACUGGAUGGAUGUUUCGGUAUUUGAUCCAGUUCGGGUCUUUCGUUUUUAUAAAAACAUAUAUAAAUCGGUUAUUAUAUCAU